AUGUGGGGACAAUUUUUCCAGCCAGAUAUUCAACUUCUUAGCGGUAAACUCUCGUGGCAGGAUGUUGCUUGCUUUCAUCCAAUAAUUGAAUUCUCAAUAUGUGUGGCUCCACGAUGGGAUUGCGCUUCAGAAUGUCGAAUCUGUCUCACUUUUUCUGAUGGACAUCGUUGGGAAUGCGAACGAAAUUUUCCGCAAUGGAAUGAUAAAAAAUGGCACCGAUUGAUUUAUCAUUACAAACAAUAUCAACAGUUUCCUACAUCGGUGACUGUACUUUUGUCUGGCAAAGAUAGACAGUUCUGGGCAGGUUACUAUGGCGUAAAGUUUGCUCAAACUCGACUUCGACUGCUUCUUCAUACAGAUGAAAACGAGACAAAUCAAGAGAGCGAAAUAAUCUUAGAACCAAAAGAUGAAGACGAAUUUGUUCAAGGUUCAGAACCUGAUCCUGUGCACGAUGACUUGCCUGUAGAUGACAAUUUCGUUGAUCAAGAUUCAUCAACAUCCUACUCAACGGAUAGGGGCAGUGAACCAGACGAUGAUUGA